GCUCCCUCCUCCUCUGCUGAGUCUCUGUCUGACACUGAUCAUCUUCUUCCUCUCGAUUUCUUCAGCUUUCGACUACACUGAGAACAGAUCCUUGAAAUUUCGGAUAUCAAUUGUGACUGUGGAAACCCUAUGAUGUGAUUUUUAUCUGUGGAGGAGAGAGAGAGAGAGAACAAUGGGAAAGCCAUCGACGAGUGUGUGGGCGACAUUGCAGAAGAAGAGAUGGGCACUGAUGAUUCUGUUGGUUUUAUCUGUAUCAACCGUAGGAAUGAUUCUCGUGAGAUCUACCUUCGAUUCUUGCACUGUUAGUGGAAAGAGAUGCGGCGGAUUAGUUGUCGACGAUAAGAUCCGAUCGGUUUCUCGAUCGAUGAAUCCUCCUCUCGGUUUCAUGAAAUCGAAGCUCGUUUUGCUUGUUUCUCACGAACUCUCGCUCUCAGGUGGACCUUUACUAUUAAUGGAACUGGCGUUUUUGUUGAGAGGAGUUGAUUGUGAAGUUGUUUGGAUCACUAAUCAGAAACCAGUUGAAGCUGAUGAAGUUAUCAAGGUUUUAGAACACAAGAUGUUGGAUCGAGGAGUCCAGGUCGUAUCAGCAAAGAGUCAGAAAGCUAUAGAUAUAGCACUUAAGUCUGAUUUGGUUGUUUUGAAUACUGCUGUUGCUGGGAAAUGGCUUGAUGCAGUUCUCAAGGACAAUGUUCCUAAAGUUCUUCCUAAAAUCCUCUGGUGGAUUCAUGAGAUGAGAGGUCACUAUUUCAAACCAGAUUUAGUCAAGCACCUUCCUUUUGUUGCUGGCGCUAUGAUUGAUUCGCAUGCGACUGCUGAGUACUGGAAGAACAGAACUCAUGAUCGCUUAGGGAUUAAAAUGCCUAAAACUUAUGUCGUGCACCUAGGAAAUAGCAAGGAAUUGAUGGAAGUAGCUGAAGAUAGUUUCGCCAAGAAAGUUCUCCGUGAACAAGUUCGAGAAUCUCUUGGACUGCGGAACGAAGACAUCCUAUUUGGCAUUAUUAAUAGUGUGUCUAGAGGAAAGGGCCAAGAUCUAUUCCUCCGAGCCUUCCAUGAAAGUCUUAAAUUAAUCAAAGAGAAUAAGAAACUUCAGGUACCAACAAUGCAUGCAGUGGUUGUAGGAAGCGACAUGAGCGCACAGAUUAAAUUCGAGACAGAGCUACGCAACUUUGUCCAAGAGAAGAAACUUCAGAAGGUUGUCCAUUUUGUCAACAAAACAAUGAAAGUAGCACCAUAUUUAGCAGCCAUUGAUGUUCUUGUCCAAAACUCCCAAGCUAGAGGAGAAUGCUUCGGGAGAAUAACAAUCGAAGCCAUGGCUUUUAAGCUUCCUGUCCUCGGUACUGCAGCAGGAGGGACAAUGGAGAUUGUGGUGAACAGAACAACCGGUCUAUUACACCACGCUGGUAAAGAAGGCGUUUUACCUCUUGCCACAAACAUUGUGAAGCUGGCGACGAACAUGGAGAUGAGGAGGACAAUGGGGAAGAAAGGGUAUGAUAGGGUAAAAGAGAUGUUCUUGGAACAUCAUAUGUCUCAUCGAAUAGCUUCUGUACUCAGAGAAGUGUUGCAACAUGCGAAAAUUCACUCGCGAACAACAAAUUCAGAUCAUUAAACAUAAAGUUUAUAUUACAGUACACUCUGUUCUUGUUUC